UCAGUGUCAGUGUUGACAUGCUUGGUCUUAGUUAUGUACAACAUAGUCCGAUCAUUCUAUUCUAAAAUUAAUAAAUAAUUAACGAUGUAAGCCGGGGUUAUGAUCCGGGGUUAAUUAGAUAAGAUAAUAUUCAAUUGAAGUUAAUUUUUUAAAUACUUGAAGUCAUGAAAUUGUCGACACCACGAUACACCUUUUGUUUAUUAAGUCAACUUACUUUUAUGUUCUGUGAUCUUAUAUUUAAUUGUAUUAGUUUGUUUCCAAAGAGCCGCGAUGGAUUACUUGUGUUAUUUAUAUUUCAAGAUCUAUUUUUAGUUCUCUCCAUCACUAUAAUGCUGAUAACAUUUUUCUCCACAUAUUUAUUUCAAGCGGGCCUAGUGGAGGUGUUGGUGCGCAAGUUCCGUGCGGCGGGCGCCGUGGUCGUGGCGUACGUGCUGGCCAGCGUCGCGCUGCACGCCGUCUGGCUGCUGGAGAAGUGGGCCGACCCCCGGGCGGUCUCCACCCCACUUCUCAUUGUUUUGUUCACCUUGCAAAGAUGUUUGUCCCCGUGGUACUACUUCUGGUACAAGCGCGCGGCGCUGCGUGUCGCCGACCCGCGCCUCUACGAGGACGUCGACUGGAUCAGUUCGCAGCCGCCGCCGCGCUAGUCGCCUCCUCAAUUACAUAACUUGUUCACAAUCAAGUUUUUCCUUUGUAUUGUUGUUGUCCAUUGUCUGAUGCUAUGUAGAUAUUGUCUUAUGUCAAAAUUGCAAAAGUGUUACUUGUGUUCUCGACUUGCAUCUCAAUCUUGAUCUCAAUUAAAAUUAAAAAACUUAUUAAUAUGACAAAUCGAUUUAGAAAA